AUGGUUACCCCUCUUCACCGGGAGCAGACAGUGAAUGUUAAGAAGAGGGCGGCAGGGGGGAGUGAUGCUUCUCAAAGAUGGCAGCCCACCCCGGGUUCUAAGGCAGCCAUGUUGGUGAAGGUGAACAGUAUGAGCCGAAGCCAACCAAUCCCAGCCUCGCAGCAGCUCCUCCAGCACAGUUCACAAAGCAAAACCUUCACCCUGCACCCCUCUGGCAACAAGACCCAAGGAGGACACAUAAGCUCCCCCCAGGGAUAUAGAACCACCCCUUCUGGCAAAAUGUCAGCUGACAGUCGUCAGGCGCAUCACCUGAGGAAGGCCAGCAAUGGCAGCUUCUGUGUGGUGACAGACAGUACUCAUCCCAGUCCGCUCCUCCACAGGUCUCAGACCAGCACUCCAUGUCCCGCCUCCCCCCAGUAUAGUUGCACUACCCCAAUCUACGACGAGCCAGUUACAGAAUGUCCCAUAUAUGAUGAACCCCCCACAGACAUGGAGGUAGAGGGGGCCCACCUUUACAACGGGCAACAUCUGUCUCGCCUGACACCCACCCACAGCCUGCAGAAACCCAGACUCCUCCAGCACCCGGGUCCACCCCACCCCGGGUCCCGACACAGGAGGAACCCCUCGGCCUCUGACUACAGCCCAGCUGGUCUGGAGUGCAUCAAGCACAUGAUCAACGUGGACCCCAAACAGGGGCUCCUACCCGGCUCUCCUGUCCCUACACACCGCACCCCUUCCCCUCCCUCCAGGCAGGAUCCCGUCUUGACCCCUCCUCAGCCUCAGGCCCAGCUCCAGGCCCACUCUUUGCCCCAGACUCGAGGUCAGCUGAGGGACAGGGAGGCAGGGCCCCCGGGCCCCAGUACACUGGAUAAGAAGCAGAGCUGGCGGGUGCUGGAGGCCACGGUGCAGCGCGCCAUGGAGGCCCGACACAGCCGGCAGAGCAGCCAGGCCUCGCAGGACUUCCCCUCCACCACCCCCCAGCCCACCGGCAACUAUCAGGACUCUGGUUACUCCACCGGCCCCUCCCCGAGUUUGAGGCGUAAGAGCCGGAGGAGGAUGGGAGCCGCCGGGGGGACGGGGGGCAGGCCGGGGUCUGUGGGCAGCACCGGGGAGCUGUGCGCCCUCAACGAGAAGCUGAUGGCCGAGAUGAGGGAGGUGGUGAGUCGCUCCAACACCAUGAGGGAGGUGAGGGCGGGGCUGGACCCGGAGGUCGGGGAGAGGGCCGUUGUACCACGGACACGCUCCCCCGCCGACUCUCUCAGGUGGUACGGGGGAGUGGGAGGGGGAUCGUCGAGUAGAUGCGAUUCACGAGAGGAGCUCAGCGGGGCCGCCCGGUCACUGAACAGGGCGGGUAACCAUGGCAACCCUGCGCUGACCCCUCUGGAGAUACCAGGGAGGCAGAAGAGGACGUAUGAGAAGGUGGACACUUUGGAGCUGAGCAUCAACAGCCAGGUCAGCCUGUCCUCACCAGAGACCCCGGGACCCCCAUCACAGACGAGCACCUUAGAGCUGCAGGCCCAGUUGGAGAACAGGAAGAAAGGCAUGGCGGACGGACGCACCGCUUCCCUGGGCCCUCACCGCCCCGCAAGCCACGACAACAGAGAGGGAAGUGAUGGCGCCGGAGGAAGAUCACGAGGGUCCUCCUACCAGCUGUCCUACGCCACCCUGCGGCAGCCCCCCCCUCCAGACAUGGGCAUGGAGGACUGGGCUAGUAAGCACCUCAACAUGCACACACAGGGCCUGUUCAGACGCCGCGUGUCCAUCGCUAACAUGCUAUCGUGGAACCGCGGAUCCAUCAAGAAGCCCAUGUUGGUCACCAGCAACCGCGCCGUAAGAAAGGAGGCCUGCGAGAUGUUCAAACUGCUGCAGGCCUACAUGGGGGACCGGCCUUCCCGCCUGGACCGCCGACACUGCGCCCUCCUCAUCAUCACCAAGUGCUGGGACAUGCCCGGGCUGCGGGACGAGCUCUACGUGCAGCUGGUAAGGCAGACCACAGGAAAUGCCACCCCCAGGAGCCUGGCGGCGGGGUGGGAGCUGAUGGCCGUCAGCUUGGCGUUCUUCGCCCCCUCGCCCAAGUUCCGCUGCUACCUGGAGGGUUACAUCCAGAGACACACAGACCCAUCCAGCGACAAGAAAUGUGAGUCUCAGACUGAGGAAGACGUGACUCAGUUCAUAUUGGACCAGCAGGAGCUGAACGUGAAGAAACAUUCAAAGUCCAGAAAGAAGCGGAAACAGAACUCGGAUGACGAAGAAGGUCUGCCUAUCAGCACGUAUGCCAAGUUCUGCUAUCGGAAACUUCAGAAGGUGGCGAUCACAGGGGGCAAAAAGGGUCUGCGUAAGCCCACCUUGGAGGAGAUCGACCACAGCAGGCGGGCCAUCGUCACCCCCUCGCUGUUCGGCAGCUCUCUGGAGGAGGUGAUGGAGCGGCAGAGAGAGCUGUUCCCCGACAGGAAGCUGCCCUGGGUGCAGGUGCAGCUCUCCCAGUACGUCCUGGCUCUGGGGGGGGCUCAGACGGAGGGCAUCUUCAGGGUGCCUGGGGACAUUGAUGAAGUGAAUGCGUUGAAGCUCCAGGUGGACCAGUGGAGGAUCCCGGAGAACCUCUCUGACCCCAACGUUCCUGCCUCUCUGAUGAAGCUGUGGUAUCGGGAGCUGGAGGAGCCUCUCAUCCCGAUGAACUUCUACAAGCAGUGCGUGAAUAACUGUGACGACCCCGUGGCGGCCAUCGCUGUGGUUCAGUCUCUGCCCGAGCUCAGCAGGCUGGUGCUCUGCUACUUCAUCCACUUCCUGCAGGUUUUCGCUCAGCCCUCAAACGUGGCGAUAACUAAAAUGGAUGUGAACAACCUGGCCAUGGUGAUGGCGCCCAACUGCCUGCGCUGCCAGUCGGACGACCCGCGGAUCAUCUUCGAGAACACGCGCAAGGAGAUGUCCUUCCUGAGGAUGCUCAUCGUGCAUCUGGAGACCAGCUUCAUCGAAGGAGUGGUGUGAAGCCUCAGAUGCUGAAUCAGCAUCUCCAGUUACACCUUCAAUCAUGCAUAAACACUGUUUUCGGCUCAGACCACACUGGAAACCCUCGGGGGGGGGGGGAAUACUACACCUCUGUUACACAAAAAUAAAGUCAAAACAACUCAAAGUUUUGGACCCUGGUUCCCACUUGUUUUCCUACUGAGAGACAACACGCAUCACCUUUGGGCUCGCUGUUUAAUUUUCAUACUAAAAUCUUUAAAGUGGCUCAAAGUGGCUGCACGUGAAAACAGGUCUAACUUCUUAUGGGUAGUAAAACUGUGUAGACUCUUACAGUAUUCACUUGCAAAGCGAAUCUAAAGAAAUUGUGAACUCAUUCAAGUGUGUGUGUGUGUGUGAUUGUCAGAGUGAACGAAAGACACAGCCUUCUUUCAUGUACAGAAAAUGUUUAAAUAUAACGAAAAGUAAAAGAACUCUGGCAAUGGUGUCUGAUUAAUAAGCUUUGUUUUGAGUAGUUGUAUUGAAAGCUCCUCGUUUAACAAGAAUAAGAAACUAUAAAGAGACUUUCUUUCAAAGCUCUUUCUAAUAGUUGGUUGAGAUUUCUAAGUAAAAUAAAUGUGCAUUGAUUUUACAACUCUAAAGUGAAGCCAGACACCAGUGUUGGGAUUACAGUUGAUCAUAGUGAUGUGAGAGGUUUGUAAAUCUCUCAAUUGGAAGCGUGUUCUCUUUUGUUUGUGCUCUGUACGUGUUUUGGCUCAGGUCUUACGAUAAAAACGGGUGUUGACCUCACAGACUGAACAUUUAACCGAUCACAAACCCUGUCUCGUUCUAUGAGAAUGUAGAUUGAGCUUUCCGUGUCCCCUCUCAGGCUUUGCGAUGUAAAUAAUGUGUGUAAAUAGUAUUAACUCUCCCUAAGUGUAAUCUAAUGAUCCAGGUUAAGGGUAAUGUAAAAUAUUGCCGUUAAAAACGCAAUAAAAAGUGUGUUUUUUGUAAUUAACUGUUCAUUUCUCUGCUGUAACCGCCUGCCUUUUGAACAUAGGACAGACUCAAACCACUUUCCAUGUGUGUGCGUGUGUAUAUGUGUGUUUGCAUAUGUUAUAAUAUGGAAUGGCUGUCCAUAAAUAAAGAUUUGUUAAAAUGGUA